ACAAAUGUUUUAGAUCCUUGUUUUAGUACCACCGCACAGUCUGACGGACCAAUACAAAUGACACUGCCGCAGUUUUGGAGUAUAGUGGGCAAAUUUCAAGUCUAGCGUUCAAUCUCAAAUUGUGAUCUGAUAAUAAUUGUGUCAUAUCAUUGUAAGUUAAUCAACGAGUAAAGUGUGUUAAAUGUAUUUGACUGACAACAGGCUAGUUAGCUAUAGCUAGUAAGGUGAACUACGAUACAGGAGGUUCCCACGAGUUUUGAAGGAUUCUUCAGUUUCUGAUCUCGUUUGAAAUCUCAUGCUAAGUCGAGCCUCUGCGUUGUUUGGAAAUUUAGCGAAGAGAAGCAGUGAACAUCUGGCUCUGUUGUGCACCAGCUGUGUUAUGGCGAAGAGUAAGUUUGAGUACGUGCGCUGCUUUGAGACUGAUGACACGUGCUUACGGAACUGCUACAUCGUGGUUCGGCUGGAUGGCCGCAAUUUUCACAAGUUUGCUGAGCAGCACAACUUUAUGAAGCCCAAUGAUGACAGAGCUUUAGGCCUGAUGGCCCGCAGCGCACGCUCCGUCAUGGAGGAUCUAGAAGACAUUGCUAUAGCUUAUGGGCAGAGCGAUGAGUUCAGCUUUGUUUUUAAGAGAUCAACCAACUGGUUCAAAAGAAGAGGAAGUAAACUGAUGACCCAUGUGGCAUCACAGUUCUCCUCCAGCUAUGUGUUUUAUUGGAAGGAGUAUUUUGGAGAGCAGCCACUGAUCUAUCCUCCGGGCUUCGAUGGCAGAGUUGUUUUAUAUCCGACCAACCGUAAUCUAAAAGACUACUUAAGCUGGAGACAGGCUGACUGUCACAUUAACAACUUGUACAACACUGCUUUUUGGACCCUGGUGCAUAAGGGUGGACUCUCCACAACUCAAGCAGAGGAGAGACUAAAUGGAACUUUGUCUGCAGAUAAGAAUGAAAUGUUGUUUUCAGAGUUUAAUAUGAAUUACAACAAUGAAUCACCUCUGCACAGAAAAGGCACCACAUUGAUCUGGGAAAAAGUUGAUGAAACGUCAACUAAAAGGAUCACGUUACCCAAGGAAGGAGAAAAAGAGGUCACUUUUACACGGAGCAGAAGAAAAGUUACCGCUCAUAACUGUGAUAUAAUUGGAGAUUUGUUCUGGGAAGAACAUCCAGACAUUUUAGAGGAAGACAGCUGCUGAAUAUAAACAUGGUGAAAAGACUGGAGCUGGACUAGUAAAUGUUUUAGUGUGGACACAAACAUAAUAUUACGAUUUUCUUUACUCCCAGAAAAUAAAAAGUUUAAAUAUAUAGUA